AUGAAAGAUGGAGAACUACCCGUACGAUGUGUAUUUUGAGGCCAGUAAUCUCUCUGAUGCGGCACUUGAACGCAUAAAAAGAUACUUCGAAGUAAGAAGUCGAUCUGGAGGAGGAGAGUGUGUGACCAGCAAAGUGGAUAAAGACAUCUACAAGAUCAGCUUUGUAAAUCAAAAUGCCCAAGAAAGAGUGCUAAAGCGGAAGGAUCAUGUCAUAAAAAUAAAUAAAGAAGAAGAAAUCCGUGUUUCAGUAAGAUGUGAAAAAGAUGUUGAAUGCAGCAAACAACCAAACGCAUCUGAUAAUCAGAAGGUGUUUAAACUGGACCAAUAUCUUCUACGAUACCUCAGUGACUGUAAAAAGCCAUAUUCAGACUUGGAGAAACUCCUCUCUGCUCUUUCCAGCACCUUUGAGAUCAACAUUGAGACUGAAGAGUUAGUGGUGCUGAGGGACCCGGCAGCUGAAGAGAUUUGUCCAUUAAAGGAAUGGGAACUUGGUGUGGACCAAGUGGUUGAGAGCCUAAAGUUUCACAAUAUUGUACGUUUUGAGGUUGAAAAAGACAAAUGUGUGCUUCUGGAAAAAAACAGUUGCAAUCAAAAUGAGGACUUCAGAUUUUAUUUUGAACAAGGAACUAGUAUGACUGUGGUGGUCGGAGAACGAAAUCAAGUGGAAAAGAUUUUAAAAUCUGCAAGCAACAUGCAGAAACAACAGGAGGUCCAACAAGAGUGUCGCAUGUCUGAGAAACGAUUUGCCCUUAUUAAAGAGCAGUUUGAGUCAUACCUAAACUCUGAUUUACCUGCACUUCAGAUUGCACAGGAACAAGCAGGUGUAAUCCUUUUAAAGGGUCUAGAAAAAGAUGUUCAAGAAGCUGAACAGAAGCUUACAAAAUUGGCACAAGGAAUCCAAGAGAAGAGGAUCCCAUCCUAUUAUGCUCUUAUGAACUUCUUGGAUUCAAGUGAUGGUAUAAAACACUUCCAGAGAAGAUUUCAGCAGAGCCUCUGCAGCCCAGUAAUGCUCGAGACUUCAGGGUCAGAUCUGCUUCUGUUAAGUUUGUCUGAGGAAGCUCUUCAGGAGGCGGCCACUGCCAUUCAGAGAGACCUGAGUUUGGAGAUUAUACACUUAGAUAACACUCAAGAGUCAUCUGCGUUAACUACGCUAAAGGAAGAGUUGAGUAAAGCGGUCAAGCAGGCCAAUCAGGAAAGUGUAAAAGUGGAGCUCAAAUACCAGAAUGAGUCAAGUUCUGAUCCCAAAGUGCAACUGGUCGGCUUCACUACUGAAGUUAAUGAGCUAAAGCACAUGUUACUUGAAUAUAAAAGAAACCAUCAGAUACAUGAAGUCCGCCUGGCACUUCAAUACCCAGAGAUGGCAAAGCAUUUCUCUGAGAUCUUGUUGCUGGCUGGUGUGAAAGAGUGCAGUGUGGAAAUAAAGCCAACAUGUUUGUCUUCCCCAUGCGUCCACCUUACAGGACCUCGCUGUGAAGUUGAGAGUUUAAAGGAAACCCUUGUGUCAUAUCUUCAGAGUCUUGUCUCUAGACAGUUUGAGGUGAAAGGACCUGGAGUUCAGCAGUUUUUUCAAGGUGAUGGCGCACAGACUUUGAAAUUUGUGAAAAGUUCUUGUAUGGUUGGGAUUCUGCCUAUUGAUGAUGAGCAACCAACAUAUCAAGUGCCCAUAUAUUCAACCUGGUUGAGUUUUCCAGGCUCAGCAUCUGCUCCAUCAACACAUCAGUCUCCAGUCUAUGAGACUAUAGUUCACAUUAAAGUUGCGGUUGGAAGCCUUGAGCAACAACAGGCUGAUGUGUUUGUUGUGCCAAUGGUGCAAACAAACAUGACCUCAACAUUGAUUGGAUCAUCACUGUUGAAUAAAGCAGGACAGCAGCUUCGAAUUAACUUCAACACCGCAAAGGGUCAAUGUACUCUUACACCUGGAGACGUGCUCAUAGUGGAUGCCACACCAGGAUUGGGCUGCUCAAAGGUGUUCUUCAUCGAAUGUGCACCAAAGGGGAAAAAGCAAGAAAGCGAAAAAGCACUUCGCUGUGGACUUGGCCAAGUUUUUACACUUUGUGAGCAGAAUUCUUGGGCUUCAGUUGUGGUUCCAGUAAUUGGACCUGGAAUAGUAUUGUCUUUACCAGUCAAAGAUUCUGUUAAUAUCCUUACUCAGGAGAUCUGUACAUUUUUAUCUCAGCCCACUGCUUUCCUGCACACCAUCUAUAUCCCAAUAAUGCCUAAUUACUCCCAUUCUGAAGAGAUGUUUCGGGCAGUCAUUGGGAAUCUGAGUGCAGAAAUGGUGGACAAAACAGGACAAGGCAAGAGAUUUAAUAAUUUAAGCAAUUAG